CCGGUGUUUACGCGCGGCGGCUAGUCCGCGGCCUGACACGCGGGGUCGCGUCGACACUUCGGCCAGAGGUCAGGUAUCGCGUUACGGCGCUCGCGAGGGGCAAGGGGGGAAGGUAUUUAGGAGUGUGCCAGGGCCUUGCGGUGCCAGUAUUGCCGUAGUGAAGUAAGUGGGCGGUGAGGGUGACCUGCGCCGUACCCCUGCCCCGAACCCUGCGCGUGCACGCCCUUCCUCCGCGCUUGCGUCUUGAUCACUUCAGAUAUCGACUUGUUUCCUCUUCUCGAAACGCGUGACGACCGAACCGGCUGCCGCUGCGCAACACACCGCCUCGGGAGCCCUUGGUGCCUCAGACCUCCUGUUGUCAACGCAGCGGGUCCUCCUGCGUCUCCCAGCGGCGGAAGGUCCUCCUCCGGCGCCGUAGGCUUAAGCUAGAGCUUGGAAGUUCGAGGAGUCUCUGGAGUUCGCAGCAUUCGCCUCUCUUCAUGGGUCAGCGCUCCCCAAUGGCGCCCGCAUUGCACCGUCUGAAGCCACGCCGUCAGUAGUGUUUCGCCCGAAGGCUUUCUUUCUCGGCUUCGUCUUCUUCUCGAUCCUGUCGCCAUGGACGCCCUCCUGCCGCAGCUGGACGAGGCAUGGGUGAGCCUCAGCGUGGGCGGGGACGGAGGCAGCGAAACGGACUCGGGUUACGAUCCUUUCUCCCCCUUGAGCCUGAGCGACCUGCCUCCGUCGCCGUCGCCGUCGGAUCGGCCGCACCUCGGCUCCCCAGACAUCUCCCUGGACCUGCAGGACCACUUCUCCCCCACGUGCGACCUGCCCGCCGCAGAUGGACUGGAUUUGGACGCCCUCGACCUGGACGCCUUGGAUACUCUUGAUUACCUCUUCCCCGACCCGCCCACGCCGCCCACGCCCAUGAGGCCAUCGUCGCCGUCACCCAUGCCGCCCCUCGCAGGGUCCGCCGUGUCGCCGAAGUUAGAGCCUCUUGGGCUCCUCGAGGGCGUCGGCGAGCUUCCGGAACUGGACUUGGCCAUGCCCGCCAUGGAGGGCCCGUGCGCCGUCCAGGGGGGCGAGGUCGCGGCGCUCGAGGCCUUCCGGGUUCCCGUGGAGUUUCCCGGGAAGAAGCUCUCCUUCUCGCAGGACAAGAUCAGCUGCUCUCCGCCCGCGGGCUCGCUGCCGCCCCUAGAUCUGUUCCAGCAGCCUGGCCUCCCGCCGCUGGGUGACCUCCCCCCGCCCUCCGUCGACCCGUCCCUGGCGUCGUCGGACCUCUCGGUGGUCGACGUCCCCAUGCACGGCGUGGAGACCUGCCCUCCCUUCGGCAUCAACCUUCCCCCGGAUAUGACGUGGGGGGCGCCGAGAGGGGAGGACGUGGGCGGAGGCGGCCUCUUCUCGCAGCUGCUGGAGGACGAGGUCGAGGAGCCUCCGCGGGUACUUAAUGUUUUCCUGACGGGGCACGACUACACCAAUAAAAUCGAAGGCAUGCAUCGCCCGCCGUUCCCGCAGUGCCCGCCGCCCCGUCCGAUGACCUCCCUGCUGGGCGGCGGCCGGCUGCCCCCGCCCAUUCACCUGCCGCCCCAGGAGCCUCCUCCCCCACCCCUCCCCUCGCCCCCUCAGCGGCAGGACCCAGCUCGCGACGAGGGGCGGGUGUUCCAGUGCACUCACUCUGGCUGCGGGAAGGUCUAUGCCAAGUCAUCGCACCUGAAGGCUCACCUGCGGCGCCACACGGGGGAGAAGCCGUUCGUGUGCACGUGGCCAGGGUGCUCCUGGAGAUUUUCUAGAUCUGACGAACUCGCUCGCCACCGACGCUCUCACUCGGGGGUGAAGCCUUACAGAUGCCACGUGUGCGACAAGCGAUUCUCCCGCUCAGACCACCUUGCCAAGCACCACAAGGUGCACCGCCGCGACCGUGUCCUCGCCCUGUACAGCCCCUUGUCCAACGCCCUCCCUGGCCGCCGUCCCCGAGGGCCUCCGCCGCCGCCCGCGCCGCCUCCUCCGCCACCCUCGCAGCCGCCCACGAGCAUCCACAUCGGCAUCCCUCACCAGGCUCUCCCCCCCGUCGUUCACACCGUUGAAUUUGGCAACGUGCGGCCGAUCCGUGUCUGCCAAUAAGGGCCCAGUGUGGCGCGAAGUGAGAGAAAGAGGAUCACGAUCUGACAGACUGCUCGGCCGGGAUCUUUGUGAAGACACUUAAACGAGAGCAAAUUAUUUACAUUUCGCACCAAGUACUUUUCUAUGCUUCUGUGCUAUGGUUGCAUCAGAAAUAAAUGCCCGUGAACUCGAAAGGGACGGGAAGGUGUUAAUAAGGUUAGUAAAGACAGUAGAUUACUUCAUGUACAAGAAAAGGGAGUAAUUCGACAGUUAUCUGUUCGGUGUCUCAAAGUCAUAAAUUCUGUUACUGACGAUCAAAAAGGAUGUGAUUUGAUAAUGACAGGAAUACUCUGUAUUAUCGGCAACAAAGAACAAUGCAAAGAUAUCACUUUAUCUUCUGUUGGACCGUUCAAGUUUUAUGAACAAGUGCCACAACAACCAACACAGUGUUGCAGCUGCUCAAUAUUUCUUGAACACAGUUUGCAGAACAGAUUUUUACACGUUCUUUUACACUUUUAUAUGUUUCGUCUAAGGCAUAAGUUAUAUCGCAUAAGGAAUCCCACUUGAUUUUAAUAGGAGUGUAAUGUGUGGGCACCGGGCGUUGGUAAGCGCCUUUUCCUCCCCUUCACAGCCAGAAUUUUUCGUCUUUUAGAAAAUAAAACGAAAUAAAAGAAAACAGCAGCCAUAACCAAAGAUUAGAGUAAGAUGUGGCAAUAAUCUUGAGAAUUAGUAAACAGUGUGAGAGAGGCGAGAAGAUACACUCUAUGGUUCAUGACGUCAUCAAACAGAUCUGACUGCUCAGUUGAUAACCUUUUGUUAGUUUCAUCGUCAUCUUCAUUAUUAGUGCUAUUAUUAUUGUUAUUAUUAUUAUUAUCAUCAUCAUUAUCAUCAUUAUUAUUAUUAUUAUCAGUAUGUUUACCAUUAUUAUUAUUAUUGUUAUUAUUAUUAUUAUUAUUAUUAUUAUUAUUAUUAUUAUCAUUAUUAAUAUUAUUAUUAUUAUCUUUAUUAUCAUUAUUGAUAUUAGGAUCAUUAUCAACAAUAUUAUGAUUAUAACUGUUGUUAUCCUCAAUGAUAAUAUUGUUAUUGAUAUUAUUUUUGUUGUUGUCAUUACCAUCAUUCUUAUUGUUUUUUAUUGUCAUUGUUGUCAUUAAUAUAAUUUUAUUAUCGUUAUUAUUAUUAUUACUAUUAUCAUUAUUGCUAUUAUUGUUAUUAUCAUUAUUACGCUUGUUAUCAUCAUUAUUGAUAUUAUUAUUAUCACUAUUAUAAUUAUUACUAUUAUCAUUAUCAUGAUUUUAUUAACAUUAUCAUUAGUAUUAUCAUUUCUGUUACUAUUUUUAUGAUUAUCAUUAUAAUUAUUUUUAUUAUCAAUAUUAUCAUCAAACCAUAAUCAUUAUCCUCCUUAUCGCUUCUAUUAUCCUAUCUAUUAUCCAUUAUAACUGUCAUCAUUAUAAUUACUUUUAUCAGCACCUUCUAAGUGGAUAUCUCAAUUAACGCUUUCCUAAUUAAUUCAUUCAUCAGCCUGAAAUAACGAAAAUUGCCCAUUAAAAAAAAAAAGGUGUCUUCUUCGUCUAAAUCAUAUUUUACUAAUUCCGGAUUUAGGAUAAUUAUUAUCCCGAUGUUGCCACUACCUGCUUUGCAAUGAUUUUGGAAAGAUUUGAAUGCUUGAUCUAAACUACUUGAUGAAUCCCACAUUAAAUAUUAUGGAAAGAAAAGAUUAAUAUUAUUUUGUCUGAUUUCUUUUGUAAAUUUAGAGGAUGACGUGUGUGUGUGUGUGUGUGUGUGUGUGUGUGUGUGUGUGUGUGUGUGUGUGUGUGUGUGUGUGUGUGUGUGUGUGUGUGUG